AGCAAUUGGAUUUUUUGGAACUCUAAUUUCACUGUGAUACCCAACACUUUGUCUAUACAAUAUCUGCAAGUAGUUGACAUUUGAUCUUCGAUCUGAAAGCGACCGAGAGAGAGACAGGGUAUCCUUUCUGUUAGAUAGAAUAGCAAAUAUGAAAGGAAUAGCUUUUUCACCUGCAAAUCAUUGUUUCCUCACAAAAUCUCAGAACCUCACUAACAAACAGUCAGUAAAUUCAAACCCAAUUCAAUUCAUCAAUCACCAAACUCAAAAAACCCAAAACCCAUUAACAAGAACAAACCAAUUUCCAUCAGUUGCAACAAAGUCCUCCAAAAACCCUCUGGGGCCAAUCAAUACACCACCACUAGUUGUGGUUGGAUCAGCUAAUGCAGACAUAUAUGUAGAAAUUGACAGACUACCCAAAGAAGGAGAGACAGUUUCAGCUAAGAAUGGACAGACACUUGCUGGUGGUAAAGGAGCUAACCAAGCAGCAUGUGGUGGCAAACUUUCUUAUCCAACUUACUUUUUGGGUCAAGUGGGUGAAGAUGCAAAUGGGAAGUUGAUCACUGAUGCUUUAAAGAAUCGUGGAGUUCACCUUGAUUAUGUAAGAUAUGUUGGCGAUGUCCCUACUGGACAUGCUGUUGUCAUGCUUCAGUCUGAUGGACAGAAUUCUAUUAUCAUUGUUGGUGGUGCUAACAUGAAUUCUUGGCCUGAGAUGUUGGGUGAUGAGGAUUUGAUGAUUGUGAAGAAUGCUGGUAUUAUUCUGCUGCAGAGGGAAAUCCCUGAUGACAUCAAUAUCCAAGUUGCAAAGGCUGCAAAGCAAGCAGGUGUGCCUGUUAUUUUUGAUGCUGGGGGAAUGGAUGCACCAAUACCUUCAGAACUGUUGAAAUUUGUCGACAUCUUUAGCCCAAAUGAAACUGAACUUGCUCGUAUCACUGGCAUGCCCACAGAAAAUGUUGAACAGAUUGGUCAAGCUGUCAAAAAGUGUCAUGAAAUGGGAGUUAGGCAAGUCCUAGUGAAACUUGGGGCCCAAGGGUCGGCCUUAUUUGAAGAGGGGAAAAAACCAAUUAUACAGCCUAUUAUAUCUGCUGAAAGGGUGCUUGACACUACGGGUGCUGGAGAUACUUUUACUGCUGCUUUUGCUGUCGCUCUGGUGGAGGGCAACACAAAAGAGGAAUGCAUGAGAUUUGCUGCUGCAGCAGCUUCUCUUUGCGUUCAAGUGAAGGGAGCAAUUCCUAGCAUGCCUGACCGGACAUCGGUUCUGGAUCUUCUUCAGGCUGUUUGAGAACAUCCUUUUGAUGCAAUGCAUUUCAGAGUGUUAUCUUGUAAGUAGUAAUGAAAAUGUGUUUCUAGGCAGCCAAGAAUAUUAUUACAUUAUGUGUCAGGAAAAUGCCUUAACAAUUUUUAGGGGCAACAAUGGAAGAAAAACAAAGAAAGAAAGAACGAAAAAAAAAGCUGCCUUUGGCUUCCCCUCA